AUGUCCAUCCCAGCGUCGGAGAGGGAAGCAAUGAACAGUUUUUUCAAGGCGGGUCAGUAUGCAGUGGUCGGUGCGAGUACAAAUCGAAGCAAGUAUGGGAAUAAGGUGCUUCGGUGGUAUCAGGACCACCAUCUGUCCGUGACACCCGUGCAUCCACACGAGACGCGGAUCGAGGGCGAGGCUGCUGUGAAAGAGUUGGCGGAUGUCAUGGACAUGGCAGCGAACCCAGCAGAGGCACAGGUAUCCGUGUCAAUUAUCACACCUCCGGCGAUUAGUCUUGAAGUACUGCGUUCGUAUGUAAGCGAUCUGCGCAUUCUUGCUUUUUGGUUGCAGCCCGGCGCGGCAGAUGGGCCUGUUGGUACGUAUGGAGACGGCUUACCGUAG